GUCCCUUGUCUCCUUCUCCAAGAUGGCGGUGGCGGGCGGCAGCGCGGCGCGAAGCGGCGGCGCGGAGUGAGGCGGCCGCGCGCCUCCUACCUUCCCCUCCCUCCGUUCGGCACCGCAGGCCGACAGCGCUCGCCGCCACGGGGGCACGCCCAGGCCUGCUGCAGGGGCGGAGCCGCCGGCUGGAGUGAGGCCGAGGCCCGCUCGGAACUUUUCCUGUAGAUGGGAACAGGGGAAGGAGCCCAGACGUGGCAACAUAUUCUCAGGCUCCUGCAGGACCACCAUGGCUUAUGAUGACUCCAAGAAGAAAGAAGAAUUCCUAGAGAGUGACCGAAGUGCUGAUGACAUCAGGGCACAUCGAGAGAAAAAGCGAUAUUACAAGGAUCUCGUGCAAGAGGAGGAGAGGAUAACAACUCAGGACAGUGAGCUCUUUCUGGGGACAGAACAUCACAAAAAGAAGAGGAAGCAUUCUUCCGAUGAGUUCUGCUCCAGGGGUCUUUCAUCUUUGGAUCUACCAUCAAAGAAGAAGAAAAAAACAGUUUCUAGCCCAUCUUCCACUGACAAAAACAUGGAUCUACUCAAGGCUAUCGCCACACCUUUGUCCACAAGCUCUAAAUCUUCAAAGAAGACCUCUGAAAAAUCAUCUUAUCCUUCCUCUGGGCAUUCUGAAAGCAGAAAGGAGCACCACAAGAAGAAGAUGAGUGGGAGCAGUGCAGAGCACUCAGUGGACGAUGGCAACUUCCACAAAACUAAAAAAAUGAAACCUCUUUAUGUGAACACAGAGACACUUACUCUUCGUGAGCCUGAUGGCUUGAAAAUGAAGCUUAUCCUUUCACCAAAAGAGAAAAGCAGUGCAACAGAUGAUGAUUCUUUCUCAAAAAAAUCCUCAAAGAAAUCGUCUCGAGAUGAGCAAGGGUCGUUCCAUGUGGGUCACGAACUGCAUAGCUUCCUGAAGUCAUCUCGGAAGAAGCACAAACCUCCAGACUCACAUUCCCCUUCUGAGAGUUUUGGUGCUGACACAUCUGUUUUUUCAGAAGGCCGUGGGAGUGAGUAUGAGAUUUCAGGUAUGGAGGCACUGCCAGAAUCGGGAUCCUCUUCUGGUGGGGAAUUGGAAGCUGGCGAGCUAGUGAUAGAUGACUCCUACCGGGAAAUCAAGAAGAAAAAGAAGUCAAAAAAAAGUAAGAAAAAGAAAGACAAGGAGAGGCACAGAGAGAAGAGGCACUCUAAGUCUAAAAAGAGUUCUGGGCACUCUUCUGUGGCAGUAACGGAAAUGACAGUAUCACCACCACCUCCUCCCAGCGCUCCCUACGUUCUUCCUCCACCUCAUCCUGCUGUUUUUCACUCGGAUGGACAAAAUGAGAAGAGGAGGAAAAAGGAAGAUAAGGAGAAGGAAAAAGCUGAGAAGUGGGAAAAAGAAAAGGAAAGAGAAAAGGAGAAGGAAAGAGAAAAGGAGAAGGAAAGAGAAAAGGAGAAGGAAAGAGAAAAGGAGAAGGAAAGAGAAAAAGAGAAGGAUAGAGAAAAGGAAAAAGAAAGAGAAAAGGAAAGAGAAAGAGAAAAAGAAAAAGAAAAGGAAAGAGAAAAAGAAAAGGAAAAGGAAAGAGAAAGAGAAAGAGAAAAAGAAAAAGAGAAGGAAAGAGAAAAGGAAAAAGAAAAGGAAAGAGAAAAAGAAAAGGACAGAGAAAAAGAAAGGGACAGAGAAAGAGAAAAACCAAAGAAGAAAAACAUGUCCGCCUAUCAAGUGUUCUGUAAGGAAUAUCGUACAAAUAUUGUGUCUGAGCACCCUGGGAUAGAUUUUGGAGACCUUAGUAAAAAGCUGGCAGAAGUGUGGAAGCAGUUACCUGACAAGGAUAAACUGAUCUGGAAACAGAAAGCUCAGUAUCUGCAACACAAGCAAAAUAAAGCAGAGGCCACCACUGUGAAGAGAAAGGCAUCAUCUUCAGAUGGGGCUCCAAAAAUAAAAGCUUCUCCACCAGGAGCAAUUUCCCCUCAUAAGAAAUCUCCCACCAGCACUGUGGUGUUGCCUUCCUCACCAGCCAAAGCCCCUGAGACAGAGCCUAUAGAUGUAGCUGCACACUUGCAGUUGCUGGGUGAAUCUCUGAGCCUCAUUGGACACAGAUUGCAGGAAACAGAGGGAAUGGUGGCUGUUUCAGGAAGUUUGUCGGUACUUCUGGAUUCUAUCCUCUGUGCUUUGGGGCCGUUAGCGUGCCUGACUACACAGCUACCUGAGUUGAACGGCUGCCCUAAGCAUGUUUUGUCAAACACACUAGACAACAUCGCUUACAUCAUGCCUGGACUUUGAUGGGAAAGGAUCCUGGGAUUUACUCAACUUCUGCGUAACCAACCUGUGUAUAUGUGCGUUACACCGGUGCUCCCUACGGGCUCCACGUGUAGUGUUUUUAAAGUUUUAUAUAUGUAUAUUAUACGCAUAGGAUUGUAUUUUAUGAGAAGUUGUGAAGCUGAGAGAACCAUAUUCUCUUGGUGGAUAAAAUGUGAUCCGAUGUGGAAGUAUUUGUAAAAAGAAUUUGGAAAGAUUUUGAGAUACUAGCCUUAAAUACAGAUCCUUUAAUGGGGGAAGCAGCCAGAGAACGUACUUUUGGAUAUAAGGAAAAACAUCUGUGAGUGCAGUCACCGAAACAGGUAGCCCAGAGAGGUUGUUGAAUGUCCAUCCUUGAGGAUGGAGCCUACUCUAGCUGAAUGUACUUUAGAAGCAGGGGGUUGGAUGGUUUGGUUAAACCCUUUAAGAGUAUUCUGUGAGCCGGUAGAGGUGGUAGAAUAUUUUGGACCAAGGAAUAGAACUGAACUCACCACCAGCCCCAUUUCUGGUUUUGAGUUUAAAAUCUGCUUGAGGGGAAAGCUGGAUAGCUGAGCAAGGAUACGGAGGGCUUUGCCUCUUGAUCACAUCUUCUAAGCCCCCUCUUCAGUCAAUCAACAGCUGAAAGUUGUCAGUGUCAGCUCACCGCUCUGAUAGCUGGCAUUUGAAAUGAAGUUGAAGAUGACAAUUUAACCUUUUCUUGUGGACGUGCACCCAAGUCAUCCCUAGUGUUGACAUAUCAACAGACUUUAUUGGUCAGCUUCAGAGAAUGAACUUCCUGCUGAUUUUUCCAGGGCACGGUCAGCCUGCUUUGAUGGAGAGCGAUAGCAAAUGGGAAACCAAUUGGAUCGCUUCUGCCCAUCUUACACUCGGUUUAGGAACAGACAACCUUGAUUGUUGAGGCUGCUGACUCCCAUCUCUUUCACCAGCAGCGCUGAAAGAGCCACGGUGCUGCUGUGGGACGGUGGCUGAUUGCCAGUUAGAAGCAGUUUCAGCUGACCAAGGUGUGUGUUGACAGGACCGGUCCCCCUUCUUUCCUGCCACGUACGGUGUUCAGCUUUCGGCUCCUGUAGAAGAGCUGUAGGAAAGCACCUGAUUUUCAUAUAGGCUUUCGUGUGUCUGUAUGUAUGUUUAUGCGGUGUUCAUAUCGUAUGUAUUUAACUUUUACCGAUAUCUCUAACAGAUUUUAAUUUAUCCUGUAUAUUACUAUGUACAUAUAUAUAUACAUAAUUUAAAAGCAGAAAUCCCUCCCUCCACAAGCAGUGGGAUCAGGUUCGCCUCACCCCGCUUCCUGCCCGACUCAGCUGUGUGUGCAGCACUACGCAUUGGCAGCGCGUGGGGAAGACUGUGAGCACCUGCAGAAUCAGACCGGCUUGCGAAGCUGAGCUUUCCUCCGGCACCUCCAGCCUCGUAGCCAGGUGCUCUGACUCUCACAUCUGUGUUGCUGACCUGAGCCUCGGGAGCCAGGCAGACACGUUUUAAUGACACAUGACCACUGUGCCAAGGGACGGAGGGAUCCUCUUCAGCUUCGUUUUCUCUACAACGGAAACCUCCUGGAGAGCGACAAACGCACCCAACCCCACUGUAUUCUAUUUGUAUUUAAGAUUUGUACACUUUGUAUAAUCUGUAUCUCGUGGCAUUUGGUACAAGAGGGAAAACUUUGGCAAGACUUAGCAGUUUUUAUAUUUUUGUUAUUUCCUUGCCGUUUGAUCCAGACGCCCUUACAGUACGAACCUUUUUGUACAGUCCUUACAAUAUCAUUUCUUUUUUAA